CCCAGGGCUGAGCCGAGAGCCACGAAGGAGUGGGCGGGGGGCCUCCCUUGGAGGAGCCAUGGACCGCGGGGUCACCGUGGAGAACCCCUACGCCAGCGUGACCAUCCCCCGGGCCCAGCUCAAAGACGGCUUCCUGAAGUACUACCUGGGCGAAGACUUGACCUCCGACACCGUCCUUUACAACCCCAGCAGCCUGCCCACGUACUCGGCGGGCCGAGAGAAGGAACAGGAGGCCACGGCGCCACGGGCGCCGGCCGCUUACGUGCCAUGGGACGGGCAGCAGAAAGUCCCCACCCAGGAGUCGUGGGCUCGGCCGUAUAACCCCUACGCCAGCCUGAAGAUGCCCCGCGGGGAGUCCCCGGAGCCGUUCCACUGGAAGAGCCACGAAGCCACGGCGGCCCCGGGGGCCGGCGGAAGCCACGGAAGCUGCUGCUGCGGCUGUUGCGACUGCUGCCCCUGCUGCGCCAAGGCCUGCUCUUGCUGCAGGCGGUGCCCUUGCGUCAUCUCCUAACUCGCCCGCCCUCCUGCCCGCCCGCACUCAUCCCCGGUACCCGAGUGCCCGCUGGAAAGCUCGGAAAGUUUCGGCUUCCCCCCAGGAGCAACAGGGUUGCCAACAUCUCCUGGCUGGCACGGGCUACAGCCCCCCCCCUCCACAACAUCCUCGAGGUUGUUUUCGGUGAUGCCAAAGACUUUUGGGGAGUCGGCUUUCAACUUUGACGUCUCUGUCGGAAAACUGUGGGCUGGCCGGUGUGACUCUGCAGCCCCCGUUUUGAGGCCCGGCACAGAACGCCCGCCAGGAUGACAGGGUCUCCCCCCAUUUAUUUUAAUUUUAUUUUUUGCCCCGGCCCCAGAGAUGAACCCCAGGCAGGCCCAAAGCUAGCGUCGGCUUGUGAUAUUUCAGUGGGCUAACCAAGGGGCCACCUGCCUUUGUGACACAGGAUGUGGAUGGCGGCACAGUGGUGGUGGGGUGCAGGAUGAUUCCUUGUUGAUGCUGACUGGAUGGCAGCUGGCCCUCCCUCACAACCACCUACCCGCUCCUUUACUUUCCUCCUUCUUAAACCUAUAGAGGUGGCACCAGGGGAAAGAGAAAAAUGAACUGGAAAAUCCCCAUUCAGCCCCCUGCAGCCUCUUUGGGUUGGGAUAGAAAACAUGCUUCUGGUCCUCAGUGUGGUCUCUCCAGAGGACUGAGCAGGCCGUCUUCCUGGGACUCCCUCCUCCCUACUUCUGGUAUCACCAUCAUCGUCUCUUGAGUCGCCUGUUUACCUUUCCUUGUUUGCUCUUGCGGCUGUUCUUCCAAGCAUGUUGUUCAGCGGGCCGAGUUUCUCGUUCUUCCACAUUCUGGGGCGGUUUUAGCUCUUUCUUUAUCUCGGCUGACCCUGGUGGCAAGCCGGGCGCUUGUUGUUCUGGAGAGCCACCUGCUUAAUGGAGCAUUCCGAAGAUUUUUUUGCUCGAAAGAGGCCCAAGUUAGACACGGUGGCCUCGGCGCAUCAUGGAUCCUCCCUUGACAAUAUCACUCUACCUCAAGUUGUCUCUACCCUGGCACGCAAUCCGUUCCUCGGACCUGCAAACCCACGGAUUGUCGUUCGGAAAACCAGGGAGAACAGGACGUCCCGCUGUCUGAGCACACGAGGAAGGAGUGCUUCAGCAGAUCGGGAUGUUUCUGGGAGAUGAUGAUGACAGGGUCACGGGGGCUUCCUGCAUGGUGGGCGCAGCCAAAGACUGCCCAGUGUUGGCAAGCUGGCAAGGAGGAGAUUCUCUUGCCAAGAAAAGAAAACAAAACGGAUCAGCAGAGUUGCCUGAAUUGUUUACUCCGUCAGCUGGUAAUAAAAAAC